AAACAGAAACAGUCUUUGGUUUUGCGAGAGGUUAGAGGAGCACCAAGCAGCGUGUGCGUGUAUGUGUGUGUGUGUUCUCGGAGGUCCCCGGGUGUCGGACGCGAAUGUUAUCGUGGAAGGACUCCUGCAUCUCAGACCCCUUGUUUCAGCAUGCUUACUGAGCCUGAGCUUCCUCAGGAGUUUAACAGGAUGUCUUCCAAGCGACCAGCCUCUCCAUAUGGGGGAACAGAUGGAGAGGUAGUCAUGGCGACGAGCAGACAGCGAUUGGAGGAUGAAGAGGUUGACGGACAUGCUGUCAUUCACUUGCCCCUGAGUACGUACUGCAGAAAAGUGUCCCCGCGAUCUCCGCGACUGCUCGACAGCCCCCCAACACUACACGCGAACAUGGUUCAGGAUGGCAGUAAAGGCCUGGCCCUGAGCCCCUACCCCCAGCACAACUCUUCUACCUCACCCAGUAAGCAGCAGCAGCAGGAGGAGGGGUCCAUGCGGCCGGGGAGCGAGCCCAGCUCUGCUUCAGCUCUGGGCACCCCGGAGAGACGCAAGGGCAGCCUGGCCGACGUGGUCGACACGCUCAAACAGCGCAAGAUGGAGGAACUCAUCAAGAACGAGCCAGAGGAGGCCCCCAGUAUUGAGAGGCUGUUGUCUAAGGACUGGAAGGACAAGAUAUUGGCCAUGGGUUCUGGCAACUUUGGAGAGAUCAAAGGCACCCCGGACAGCCUGGCAGAGAAAGAGCGCCAGCUGAUGGGGAUGAUCACACAGCUCAGCAGUCUCAGAGAGCAGCUACUGGCCGCCCAUGAGGAGCAGAAGAAACUGGCCGCUUCGCAGAUCGAAAAACAGCGCCAGCAAAUGGAGUUAGCGAAACAGCAACAGGACCAGAUUGCACGACAACAGCAGCAACUUCUGCAGCAACAACACAAAAUCAACCUCCUGCAGCAACAGAUCCAGCAGGUCCAGAGUCAGUUGCCUCCACUGAUGAUACCCGUGUUCCCUCCAGAUCAGAGAACUCUGGCGGCCGCUGCAGCACAACAAGGAUUUCUACUUCCUCCAGGGUUCAACUACAAACCAGGCUGCAGUGACCCUUACCCUUUACAGCUAAUCCCUACGACUAUGGCAGCGGCUGCUGCGGCGACGCCUGGCCUCGGCCCUCUUCAACUGCAGCAGUUGUAUGCAGCUCAGCUAGCUGCCAUGCAGGUGUCUCCGGGGGCCAAACACAGCACAGUGCCUCAGGCCAACCUGGCAACCGGAACACUCUCGCCCACCAGCGGCCAGAGCGAGAAAAACAGAAGCACCCCGCCACCAAAGCCCAAGGACGAGGGCGCUCAGCCCUUGAAUCUGUCGUCCAAGCCUAAGGCAUCCGAGAGCAAGUCACCCACCUCCCCCGCUUCCCCACAGGUCCCUGCCCUGAAGCUGGGCCCUGGGUCCCUGAAGCACAGCGCCCCCUCCAGCAUCGGAGGACCGCCGUCCAGACUCAGCUCCAUAGACCUGCUGUCGUCCAUCACCUCCGGCGGCUACCUGAACGACCAUGAGGCAGUGACCAAAGCUUUCCAGGAGGCCCGACAGAUGAAGGAGCAGCUAAAGAGAGAACAGCAGGUUCUGGACGCCAAAGUAGCGGCAGUCAACAGCCUGAGCCUCAACAACGGUCGCUCAGAGAAGGAUAAAGCCGCUCUUGAAAGCCUGAGCCAACAGUUAAAACAGUCUGAAGAGAGCAAGUUCACUCAUGCAAUGAUGGACUUCGGCAUCAGUGGCGAUUCAGAUGGAAGCCCGAGUGUGUCAGACUCACGGAUCUUCAGGGAGGCUCGAGGACGUGGCAACAGCGAACCGCACAUCAAGCGGCCCAUGAACGCCUUUAUGGUCUGGGCUAAAGACGAGAGGAGGAAGAUCCUUCAGGCUUUCCCUGACAUGCACAACUCAAACAUCAGCAAGAUCCUUGGUUCUCGUUGGAAGGCCAUGACCAACCUGGAAAAGCAGCCAUAUUAUGAAGAACAGGCCCGUCUUAGUAAGCAGCACCUAGAGAAAUACCCAGACUACAAAUACAAACCACGGCCCAAACGCACCUGCCUAGUGGACGGAAAGAAAUUGCGCAUUGGUGAAUACAAGGCCAUCAUGCGCAACCGCAGACAGGAAAUGCGGCAGUACUUCACCGUAGGGCAGCAGGCCCAGUUGCCCUUGUCCUCAGCGGGCGUUGUGUACCCAGGCGCGCUCUCUAUGGCAGGAAUGCCCUCUCCACAGAUGCCCUCUGAGCACUCGAGCAUGUCUAGUAGCCCCGAACCAGUCCCACCCAGCAGCCAGCCCUCUUACCUCACACACAAGAGGGAGGGGCCUCGCAUUAAGGAGGAGGCGCUCCGAAUGGAUGACGGCAACGGCGACGCCUACGAUGACUUCGACUACGAAGACGAUGACGGGGACUAUGGCAGUGACAGCGAGAAUCACAUCACUCAGUAAACCUGCCAAUCAC